AUGGACUUCAAGGCCGAGCACGAGGAGAUGGACCAUCUCGAAGAGAACAUUGAGCACAAUGCGCGUCUCACGAGGAGAGUUUUGUUCAAGACCGACACGCGAGUCCUCCCAUCUCUUGCACUGUUGUUUUUAUGCUCCUUUCUCGAUAGGACGAAUGUCGGCAACGCGAAGAUUAUCGGCAUGGAGAAAGAUCUAGGUCUCACCAAUCUACAGUACUCCCAAGGCCUGGCCGUCUUCUACGCCACCUACGUCUUCAGCGAGCUACCCAGUAAUCUAGUCCUCAAGAAAGUAUCGCCCAGGAUCUGGCUGCCUACUCUGACAGUGGUCUGGGGAAUCAUCACCAUGUGUCUUGGCUUUGUGCGCAACUUCGCCAGCUUUGCAGCUGUACGAGCCUUGCUAGGUGUGGCAGAAGGUGGUCUACUACCCGGAAUGGUUCUCUAUCUUUCGAGCAUAUACACACGCGGUGAGCUGGCGUUGCGAAUUGGUAUAUUCUACACGGCGGCAUCGCUUUCCGGAGCCUUCGGAGGACUGCUUGCUCGUGGACUUGCUGCCAUCGGCCCGCGAGGUGACCUAGAAGGUUGGCGAUGGAUCCUGAUCAUCGAGGGACUGAUGACCGUCGCUGCUGGAUCAAUUGUGUUUUUCACUCUGCCAAACAAUCUAACAACCGCACGAUACUUCACCCCAGAGGAGAGAGAAUGGGCCGUCAAGCGACUGGAACAAGACCGCGGCACAACCAUGGCGUCAGAGCUCGACGAGAAGUUCAGCUGGGGUGAAGUGCGCCGCGGAGUCUUUAAUGUGCAAGUUUGGCUCACAUCUACUGCUUACUUCGCAAUUCUAUCCGGCCUUUACUCAUUCGGUCUCUUCCUUCCGACCAUCGUCAAUGACCUUCAUAUUGCAUCAAGCGCCAACCAAGCUCAACUCUGGAGUGUAAUUCCAUACGCUGUCGCUACCCCGGUCACAGGUGAGCCAAGGAAAUCCGUUCUCCCGCAGUCCCCAACUAACUUGCGCCCGCCUUCAGUUCUCGUUGCGUUCAUAUCGGAUCGAUCAAGAGUCCGCGGUCUCAUCAUCCUUGUCGUUUUGCCGAUUGCCAUUGUUGGCUACGCUGUUAUUGCAAAUGUACAAGCAGCCAACACUCGAUUCGCGAUGACGUGUUUGAUGGCCCUGGGCAUGUACGCUUCUGUGCCAUGCAUCUUGGUUUGGAACUCCAACAACUCGGCCGGCCACUACAAGAGAGCUACAACUUCGGCCUUGCAGCUGGCUGUCGCAAACUGUGGUGGUUUUGUUGCAAGUUUCGUGUAUCCCUCGAAGGAUGGUCCGUUAUACCACAGAGGACAUAGAGUGAUCUUAGGGUUGCUAUGCUAUGCGUGGGUCGCUGUCUUGCUCAACGUACUUUGGUGUGCAAAGACCAACCGGGAUAAGAAAAACGGGAAGCACAACCAAUAUACUGGUUAUGGAGAUGAUCGAGACCCGGAGUUCAAAAUGGUUCUGUAG